AUGGCGCAAGGAAAAGUGCACGGUGGAUAGUGAGUGGCAGAAGGGUAAAAGGCAUGGCAUGACAAGCUAACACAUUCUUGAGACGCGCUCGCAACCUUUUUGCAGCUUCACCAGCUGGAGUAUAUACGGCAGAGGGUGAGCUAUUCGAAAUGCUUUGAGAAUGUGUAUAAGCAGCUCCGAGAUGCAUCGCUUACAUGCGCUCUGCCAAACUCGCGCAACAGCUACAAGCCCAAUGCCUUGCCUACCCAGCACCUCACACACAUCUUUUACGCCUUUGCUGACAUCAAGACGGACAGCGGCACCGUCUUCCUCACAGAUCCAUGGGCAGAUGUACAAAUACCUCACGACUCUCCUGCUAGCGACUCAGACCUGCGAGGCAACCUGGGCGCUCUGUUGAAGCACAAGCGCGCAGAUCGGACCACAAAGGUCAUCCUAUCAGUCGGAGGUUGGUCCUUCAGCUCCCACUUUGCUCCCGUCGCAAGCGACCCGCGAAAACGUGCAGAAUGCGUACGAAGCGCUGUCGAGCUGCUCGAGGAUCACGCUUUUGAUGGUUUGGAUUGGGAUUGGGAGUUUCCCGACAAUCCUCAACAGGCAGCAGAUUACGUCUCCCUGUUGCGCGAAGUCAGAUAUGCUUUGGAAAAUCAUGCACAGCGCAAGAAUGAGCCUCGCUAUCUGCUCACUGUCGCCGCACCGGCAGGCGAAGAGAAGCUGCAAGUCUUGCGAUCGCAGGAAAUGGACCGUGAGUGGCGAGGCUAGCAUACAUCCUCAGACUACAGCUGCUGACGAGGUUGUCGCAAUGAAUGCAGAGGUGCUGGACUAUUGGAACGUCAUGACGUACGACUUUGCCGGCUCGUGGGAUGAGCGCGCCGGUCAUCAAGUGAGCACAGUCGAACGAAUCGCGUGAUCGAGAUUCAGCCGCGGCUCUGACACCGAAGAUGCACUCUCAGGCUACUCUCAGAGGUCCGGCACCAAGUUGCGAAGCCACAGUGGCUACGUUUGGUCGCUUUGGCGUGCCGCCUCACAAGCUGGUCCUCGGUAUACCGCUGUAUGGUCGGGUGAGUAUGCUUGCCUACUCGGCGUUACAUUCUCGUAAUCUCAUCGAGUCUCUUCACCACAUGUGGCGAAAAAGUCAUUCUUGAAAUGCGGAGGUCCUGGGUCGUCUUUCAAAGGCGUUGGGAAGGGCACGCACGAAGCUGGCCUGUACGACUAUAGAGCCUUGCCUCUGCCAGGUGCGCACGAAGAGCUUCAUCCUUGCGAAGCUGCGAGCUGCAGGACCUCCGAUGGUGAAUGGGUCACGUAUGACACUCCAUUCACUGCCAGGGACAAAGCAGGAUAUGUCAAGUGGGCCGGACUCGCUGGCGCGUUCUACUGGGAUCUCAGCGGCGAUGCCGAGGGUCAGCGCGCCAUCGUUCCUGCCGUGGCUCAAGAGGUGAGUAAGGCACGCCGGUGCGUGCGGUGAGUAGAAAGACCGCCAAGUUGUAGUGUGGACAGACCUUUCCGCUGUGCCAUACGUGACUGACUCUCGCUUCCGCGAAAUGCAGCUUGGUCAACUCGACCAGACUCCGAAUCACCUCUCUUACAACUGGAGCAAGUAUGCCAACGUUCGGGAAGGCCGUCCCUGA